UACAUUGAUGAUAUUCUUCAUUAACUUUUUAAACAUAUAUAUUUUAUACUUGAACUAUUACUUAAAAUUAGAAUCUUUAAAUGUUAAUUAAAUUUCCCUAUAAGUAGAAUAUUUACAUUAUGUUUUGGUGCAUGAAAUAAAAAUAGAAAAUGUGCUACUGUAUCAACAAAAAGUUGUAGUUUUUUUUUUUUCGUUCAAUUUUUCGGCCUGAAAAAUUGAAUCGCGCAGUUGCUCAAAAACAGUGAAGAGUCUGAAUCUGAGUAGAUUUCGAGAAAACUUGAAAAUGUUGAAAUUGGGCAAAGUUCAAAGAACGUGAUAAGGAAUUAGGGUUUCAAAUAAAAACGAUGAGACGAACAUACCUGAAAUUCUUCUGAAAAUUGAAUAAUAUGUAUCUUGAUUCGGUUGAACUUUUUGUGCUUAGAAUUCGAAAUUUUUUCAUUGCCGCUGCUCCUCUGUUCUGUAAUUCUAGCUUCAAUAGCGGCGAUGGCAGAGCUGAGAUCAGUGGCUUUUGUUUUAAAAAAAAAAUGGAAAACUGAAGGUCCUAGAGGUGAUUUUAAGAUUUUGAAAGAAGUGAAAUGAGGUUUGAUUGAAAAAAGAAUUUGGAGAAAGCUGGAAAAAAAUUGAAGAUCAUUUCAUCACCACCUCAAUACUAGUUAGAACUGUUUUGGUUGAAGAAUUUAGAAAUGGAGUUUGGAGAUUGAACAUUGAACAAGUUGUAGGAUGAUGCUUCGUUUCCUAUAAUAAUGGAGCUUUUGGGGAAAUUUGUUGGUUUAUUUUGCUUUAGCUCUUGUUUGAGUUUAUUUGAUCAUUCAUCACGAAGGAUUGAGAUGGUGUUUUCAUCAAUAUAGAAAGGCCUGCCUAAGUUGCUGCUAAAGGAGGAACUUGGACAACCAUUUCACUCGACCCAAGCUUUCAUUCACGCGUGAUUCUGCUGCACUAGGUACCGGUAUCCUAUAAAACAGUGAUCUCUUUAUAGAAAAGUUUGAGUUCAAAUUCUAUUCUUCAUAGCUUGAGGAACACUGGUAUAUACACUAGGAGAUAAACUCAUUCACUCUUGUUCUAUCAUGUUCUGAUGAAGUAUGACAAAAGCAAAAGAACUAGCGGAUUCAGCCCUGACCAGUGAGAAGAAAAAGGAAUGGUGUGAGUUCAUCUAUGAAGAUCGCGGGAAAUUGGUAAUCCCAGUAGGACCCAGGUUUCAGGUUGAUGUUCCAGAUUGGGCGAACUCUCCGAAUAAGGGAAGUCCAGUUGUAGCAGCAGAUGUAGCAUUAAGAGCUUCUACUCCAUCGAAGAAGGAAAUGGUACGCAAGUAUAAAAAGGAGGAAUCUGAUACUUCAAAAUGGCUUGGUACACUGGUAUGGCCAAGAGCCGAUAACCUAGAAAACAAGGAAGAUAACGAGGAGCUUGUUGGGAAAGGGAGAAACGAACAUUGUUCUUGUAGGUCCUCUGGAUCUAUCGGAUGUGUCAAAAGACACGUUAAAGAAGAAAGCAUGAAAUUGAAGUCUGAACUGGAGACAGCCUUUAAUGACUGGAAAUUUGAUGAAAUGGGAGAAGAAGUUUCCAAGUUGUGGAACACUAAGGACCAAACAAAGUUCAGCUCCCUCGUUAAGACGGGUUUGUCUAAAGGCAAAAGUUUCAUGAAACCAGCAUUAGCAUCUUUUCCUUCCAAGAAUAGGCAAAGUAUUGUCAACUAUUACUUCAAUGUUCACAUUCCUCGCCGUAUCAGAUCAAAUAGUAUAACAAUUAACACCGAUGAUGAAGAGGAGGAAGACGAAGAAGAGGAGGUCAUUGCUCCCAAACAUUCUCAUAAAAGAAAUCGAGCAAAAAAAGGUGCCUGUUCUUGUUCUAAAUCUCUGAAGAGAAGGUACCUAAGUGGUCGACGAUGACAACAGAAGUAACAAUACACAUUCUUAUUAGUUGACAGACAAAUGGAAUAUACAGAGAGAAAUGUACUUUAUCUCUCACUCCUGGGAGAAUUUUAGGAUGAGGGGUUCACAUUUUGUACAUUGGUUUUAAAGCCAAGAAAAGGUGACAUUUUUUGGAUAUUGAUGCAAUGUAUUGAGCCCUGAUAGGCUAGCACAACAAAACUAUAUGAAGGAACAAUAUGGCUUCAUACUUUGUCUGUUAUUUCCCUUCAAUAUGCAUGUUCGAUUAUUUUGAAUCCUUUGAUUCUGUGUGUAAGAAUAUUGUUGGCUAGGGUGUGUGAGAGUAAUACAGAGAUUAUUUCUUCGUUUUAGUGUA